AUGUAUUCUUUAAGAAACCAACGAUGCUUGACUAGACUUCCUAGGUGUUGGAGUUUACGCGUUUCUACCAGAAUCACGCCAAUAGCCACACCUGCUGUAUUCACACGGGUUGCAAAAUUUGGAAUAAAACCUUUGACAACGUACUGUGUUAGAAACAAUUAUUCAGCAUAUUUAGCUAACUACGAUUCUACACCGCGUCGUUAUUAUACUUCAAAAUCAUAUCCUCCCCAUUCUGUAAUCUCUAUGCCUGCAUUGUCUCCGACAAUGACGAUGGGUAAUGUUGGCACUUGGCAAAAAAAGAUCGGUGAUGAGAUAUCACCUGGCGAUGUUUUAGUAGAAAUUGAGACAGACAAAGCUCAAAUGGAUUUCGAAUGUCAAGAUGAGGGUUAUCUAGCCAAAAUCCUUGUUGAAACUGGAACAAAGGACGUCAAAAUUGGAACACCAAUCGCUGUUUUAGUUGAGGAGAAAGAAGAAAUUGAAAAAUUUGCUGAUUACGUUGCUGAAAAAGCGCUAGAGACCAAAUCUCCAGCGACAACCGACCAAAUUACUGGACGGAUCUUCGCUAGUCCAGUAGCACGUAGGUUAGCACAUGAACUUGGAGUUUCUCUUAAUCAAGUUACUGCUACAGGACCAAAAGGUCGCAUAACAAAGGCUGAUGUUGAAAGUCUUGCUUCUGCUGAACCCACAAAACCCGAAAAAACAAUUACUCCUAUUAUCGAGCCUACAUCUGCUUAUACUGACAUUCCUUUAAGCAAUAUGCGUAAAGUUAUCGCCCAACGAUUAACAGAUUCUAAAGUAUUCGUUCCACAUUAUUACUUAACUAUUGAGGUUAAUAUGGAUAAGGUCUUGCGGCUUCGCGAAACUCUUAAUAAUGAGAGUGAUGGCAAAUUUAAAUUAUCUGUGAAUGACUUUAUAAUCAAAUCAUCUGCUUCCGCACUUAUGGCCAUUCCUGAAGUGAAUAGUGCAUGGCAUAAUGAUUUUAUUCGACAGUAUCACAAUGCUGACAUCUCUAUCGCUACCGCUACUUCCUCCGGUUUAAUCACUCCGAUUGUAACAAAUGUACAAUCAAAAGGGUUGGCAACCAUUUCAAAGCAGGUUAAGGAAUUAGCUGGUCGUGCCAGAGAAGGGAAAUUGUUACCACAAGAAUAUCAGGGAGGAAGUUUCACCAUCUCAAAUCUGGGGAUGUAUGGCAUUAAAUCUUUCACAGCUAUUAUUAAUCCACCACAGUCAUGUAUUCUUGCUGUAGGAAACAUUGAACAAAAACUUGUUCCUGACUCUAGUGCAGAGACGAACUAUCGAAUCGUCAAUACAAUGCACGUGACGCUUUCAUGUGAUCACAGAGUUGUUGAUGGGGCAGUUGGUUCUCAAUGGCUAAAAGAGUGGAGAUCUUAUAUUGAAAAUCCACUUAAGUUACUUUUGUAA